AUGAAUGAAUUUAUUAAUAAUAGUGUUAAAUUAGAUUUUUGGAAAGAGCCAUCAAAUAUUGGAGAAGAUACUCAUGUAAUGGUUGCUAAAGGUCCAAUAUUAGAUGAUUUUCUUAAUCGUCUAAAUAAAUAUAAUUUAAAUAUUCAAAUAAUGAUUGAGGACGUUAACGAAUUAAUUAAAAAACGUCAAAAAGAAAUUGAAGAAAAUAAAGAUGAAGAAGAAGAAGAAAAAAAGCAGAAGGAAAAUAUUAAUUUUCGUCGUCAAAGAGAUGAUCCUUUUAUUAAUUCUUCUCCAAGACUUAAAAAAGCAGCUGCUUUAGGAAGAUUUUCUUUAGGGAAAUAUAAGUCAUUUGCCGAUAUAAUUCAUUAUUUGAAUGCUUUAGCAGUUAAUUAUCCAAAUAUAGUAACUGUACAACCUAUUGGGUCUACACAUGAAGGAAGGCAAAUACCCUUAAUUAAAAUUGGGACAAACAAUAAUUUAAUUGGAAAGCCGGCUAUUUGGAUUGAUGGAGGAAUUCAUGCAAGAGAGUGGGUAUCCCCAGCAGUUGUUUUAUUUAUGAUAGAUCAAUUAGUAAUUGGUUAUGACACUCAACCAUUAAUUAAACAAUUUGUUGACCAAUUAGAUUGGUUUAUUGUUCCUUUAUUAAAUCCUGAUGGUUAUGAAUAUUCUAGAAGUAGUUCUGACCCAGAAAUUCGUCUUUGGAGGAAAAAUCGUUCACCGACACAAUGUACACAAAUAAAUACUGGCCUUUUUACCCCUCCAAAUACUCAAUGUUGUCAGGGUGUUGAUUUAAAUAGAAAUUUCGAUUGGUUUUUUGGGCAAGUUGGUUCUUCUUCAGAUCCUUGUUCAGAAAUAUUUGCUGGAAAUUUUGCUUUCUCAGAGCCGGAAACUCAGUCAGUUAGAGAUUUUAUUUCUCAACAACAAGGAAGAAUUAAAACAUUUAUGACAUUUCAUAGUUAUUCUCAAAUAUUAAUGUAUCCAUUUGGCCAUUCAUUACGUACAUAUCCACAAGAUGUCCAAGAAUUAAGUAAUGUAGCAUUGCGGGCUGCCCAAGCACUGCAAUCAACUUACGGAACUAAAUAUACAGUUGGCACUGGUGCUGAUACUCUGUCCGUAUUUAAAAAGAACUUUUAGUAUUUUUAUAAA